AUGGGGAAACCCCGCAUGAUUAUAUUGAUCCGCCAUGCGCAGUCCGAGGGCAACAAGAACCGCGACAUCCACCAGUUCAUCCCGGACCACCGCGUGAAGCUGACCCAGCAUGGCUGGACCCAGGCAGAGGAGGCCGGCCGCCAGCUGCGCUCGCUGCUGCGCCCGGACGACACGCUGCAGUUCUACACGUCGCCGUACCGCCGCACGCGCGAGACCACCGAGGGCAUCCUGCGCACCCUGACGUCCGACGACCCGCAGCCGUCGCCCUUCCCGCGCAACAAGAUCACCGUCUUCGAGGAGCCGCGCCUGCGCGAGCAGGACUUUGGCAACUUCCAGCCAUGCUCCGCCGAGAUGGAGAGGAUGUGGCAGGAGCGCGCCGACUACGGCCACUUCUUCUACCGCAUCCCGGACGGCGAGAGCGCGGCUGACGCUUAUGAUCGCGUCAGUGGCUUCAAUGAGAGCCUGUGGCGGCAGUUUGGCGACGAAGACUUCCCGAGCGUCUGUGUGCUGGUCACCCACGGCUUGAUGUCGCGUGUGUUCCUCAUGAAAUGGUACCACUGGUCCGUCGAGUACUUUGAGGACCUCCGCAACGUCAACCACUGCGAGUUCAUCGUCAUGAAGCAGAGCGAGACGAACAAGAAGUUUAUACUGCAGAACGAGCUGCGCACGUGGUCAGAGCUGAAGCGGCGCGCGGCUGCUGCCGGUGGGACCGCCCCGGCUUCGACAACGCCGAGCAGAACGCACUCGCAGUCCGCCCUCACAGAGUCGCCGACCAUCCCGAUACGGCGAUGGGGCGGCUGCGUGAACGGCUGCAACCACGACAAGUUCAACUGGCCGAAGCGGCCCAUGCGGAAGAACACAGUCGAGUAUCUCGGCCCACCCGCCACCACAAUCGCAACCCCCAGCCCGUCCAUCGAGGAGCACGAAGACCCCCCCGUCGCCGCGCAAGACGGCAGCAACCCCCCCGUCAUCGAAGAGCCCACGCCCUCCAAACUCCCCCGCAAACAAACCACAAAACUCGCCCACGUCACCGCGCUGCCUCCCACCCCCGCCUCCCCCAACGACGCCUCCGCCGACGCCUCCACCAGCGACGACGACGACACGCGCUCCCGCAACCCCUCCGUGCCCCGCACCUCCGCUGUCCUGCGGCACCUGCAGCCCGCGCACACCCCCGGCGAGGGCUUCUCCGACGACUCGGACUACUUCCCCGGCAUGCAGCACCUGUCCGCGACGGCCACGGGCAAGAGCAGACUCCGCGCUAGCUCGCGCCAGCGCCAGCAGAGCAAGGAGCGCAAACUGGCUCGUCGCCAGACGGAGCAGGGCUGGAAGGCCGAGAGCGGCAUGGGCACCGGCAGGCGCGCGAAUGCGCUGGGUGAUGGGGAUGAGACGUGCACGAGCGGCGUUGAGGACGCGGGGAAGGCGGCGCAGGGGGAGGAGGCGCAGACGCAGACACAGACACAGUCCCUGACGGAGCACCAGCAUGACGAGCCGAUAUUACGGGAGGCGCUGAAGGGCGACAUGCAAGUCGCCCAUGGCGCUGAGCAGGCGGUGCCCGAGGGCGAAGGGGAGGGGAGUGUGCACGCGCUGGGCGAGAAGGAGAUUGAGCGGCUGGAGGCCAAGGAGGGGUCGGUCAGGGAGCAGGUGUAUUAA